AUGGGGAGAAUUAAGAAGGUGGCAAGCCAGAAGCAUGAGGCUACCAUAUCUCCAUAUCUCAAGGAGUUUAUCAACCGCGCAACAAGUUGUCCCAUUGCAGAGCUUCCUACGCACCUGAGCCAGUUUCCACGACUCUGGCCUUUCCCACGUGGUGAUCUGUAUCACUGGAUCAAUGUACUGGAUCGCUUUGAUGAGAUUCUCGCCUUGGUGGUCGACAAGUAUUUCCUAAACAUUGGUCCGCAAACAAAGCCAUUUGGACGAAGUGUUUUGGAAGAUGCAUAUGCCGCCGACUCGCCCAAUACCCCGAACGAAGGAGUGGAUCGGAAACUGGAUGAUUUGCAGUACGGACCCGAUGGAGAUCGGCAGCUCGUUGAGGCCAUCUUAGAUUUCUCGCGCCUGCUUCUCGAGAAAUGCGGUAAUCGCAGCCUUUACAGCAGUAGCGAGCGUCUGGGCGAUCUACUCAACACCACUUCUCUGUCUCUGCUCCAAUCGACAUUGCGCUUGUCCCUUUGUCUCGCUCAACGGUACCAUUCUCGACAGCGUGGAACGCACCAGCAAAGUCUGCUGACAAGCCAUUACAAUAUUGACUUGGAGAAGUUGCAGAAAAUUGCCGCGCCGUUCACACGUCCGUCUGCCACAAGCAAGACUCCAUUCGCGGCUUCUCCCGCCAUUUCUGGCAAAGGAACUGAGAGUGUCGUGCAGACAAAGUUUAAUGCCAAUGAUUUUGCCUCGCUGGUCCGGGACGAAGAUGGCUGGGAAGAGUGGGGACAUACUCGACUCCCACGACUCACGCACCUACCACACCCACUCCUCUUCGGCGCAGCGCAACGCAUCCCACCCCGUCUGAGCCGUGGAUCCAACGCAGAAGAUUCACCGGCGAUAACACCCGGUACCGCUGUGAAGCCCGAUGAACCCUCCCGCACCAGCAAAGUUCUGGAACUCCCGCUGUCGAAGCUAUCCUCAAGUAAGAUUGAGGAUGUUCUCGCGGCCAAUCUCCCUCAUUUGCCACUGGAAUCAAAGUACGAGCUUCUGCACAAGGUUCGCGUGGCCCAGGCUUUGCCCAAGUCGCGUGCAGCCCGUGAACAGAUCCUUGCUAUUCGGAUAUUGGCUGUAACGAAUUUGGCCUAUGUCCACACUGAAUCCACAUUCCAACAAAAGGUUCUCCAAUAUGACAUGGAGCAAUCGAAACGCCUGCAGCUGACCUAUCAGCUUGCCGAAAUUGUUCACCUGGGCGCGAGUGGUGAUCUAGUGGUCUCCAGAACGGCCCAGGCGUUGGCUCUCCAGGCGCUAGAUGCGCUUGCCAAACACAAAGCACGUGCCAACGAUGUUUGUGCUGCUCUUAGUGUUAACGUCAACCACGGCGUCCUUAUGUUCUUGACCCGCAAGGUUGUCAACGAGCUGGCAGCCGAGGAGGACAACACCAAUGAUUCAUAUCAUGACGAGUGGCGGGAUGCACUACUUGCGCUCCUGCGGACCCUCCCAAGCUCAAGCUCUCGCACUCCGGAGACGCUCGUAGCUGCAGGCCUCAUCCCCAUGUUCGUGGAUAUCCUCAAUCUUCGAACUGAGAAGGCCCGCCGCGUCUACUCCCGAGUCAUGGAGUUUCUCGACACAUUUGUUCACGCCGUACGGGAUGCAUUGGGUACACUGACCACGGCCAAGGGAUUUGACGCCAUUUCUGACUUGAUUGACUACGAGACAAAGACCGCCUUUGAGAAAGUCUCUCGUGGGGAUGGUUUCCCAUCUAUUUACAAGAAUCCGUCGAUUGAUUACCAAAUUCCCUACUUCCAACAGCAAACUCUGCGAUGGAUGUUCCGCUUCGUAAACCAUAUUAUGCAGCAUAAUGGUGGAGGCUUUGACCGUGUGUUGCGAAACCUUAUUGAUUCUCCUCAGCUGCUUACAUCCCUGCGCUUGGUCUUUGAGAACGCCCGGAUUUUCGGGUCACACGUCUGGAGCAACGCGGUCAACAUUCUGAGUAGCUUUAUUCAUAACGAGCCAACGAGUUACGCAGUUAUCGCCGAAGCUGGUCUCAGUCGGAGCCUUCUCAGCGCUGUCAUGGGCCGUGAGCUCCAGGCCAAGGAGAAGCCGCCAGUGGUAGAGCCCCAGGACGAAGCCAUACAGGAAGGGGAGACAUCUGCAGAGGCGCCUCCUGCUGUGCCCACCACUCCCGUCGACGAAAAGAAAAAGGGUCGUGAAUACGUUCUUGCCAGGAGCAAGGAUUCCCCCCUCGCUCCAGGGAUCAUCGCAGCUGCUGACGCUCUCGCUUGUAUACCCUCGGCCUUUGGUGCUAUCUGCCUGAAUUCGUCGGGGCUGGACCUCUUUCAAUCUUCCGAUGCGCUUGAGAGUUUCUUUGAAAUUUUCGAGAACCCUGAACAUGUCAAAUGUUUGAAGGACGAUCCCAACUUGGUCCGUUCUUUGGGUACCACUUUUGAUGAACUUGUUCGCCAUCAUCCCGCGCUAAAGAACUCGAUCAUGACCGCUGUGCUUGUUAUGGUCGCCCGUAUCAAUCUGCUCGCCAGAGUCAAAGCCUGGGAAAUGGGACUGGGUGCAAGGCUCUGGCAAGAAGAUGCAAAUGGUCAAGUGGUCCUUUCUGGAGACCUAACUUCUCUCUUCAGAGAGAUCGGCACUCGCGGUGAUGGUUCUAUGGACGACAUGCGCGCUGUUGGUGUGCCUGAAUUGAACGCACAGUCUCUGCCGAAUGGAGGAAGUAUCGUACUUGGGGAUGUCAGGUCUCUGUUGCCGUCGCCUCAAUCGGAUUUCGAACCAAAGGAUCAAGACGAGCAUGGUCUCACCGUCACGGACUAUCUUUUCCCUGCAAUUCGAUUCCUCGGCGCGUUCUUUGAGAAUCAGCCGAAUUGCUCUGCCUUCAUUCUCGCCGGAGGGGCUGAGUUCGUUCUUGACUACGCUACCAUUCAGAGUUUGUCUUUCGACUUCCACAACACCGACGCUAAUCAAGAGCUUACUGUGCUUGUGCAUAUGCUCGCUGAAACGAAGCCGCAUCUUAUCAUUCCAUCGCUGCUGCACCGUGCCCAGUCGGUGAUUAACAAUCUUGACGCCUUCUGGACCGCUCCCAAAGAGUCUGGGUUCUUUACACCCCUCAUCAAGCCCACCGACUCCAAGGCCCCUGCACCAGAGUCAACGCCUGCUGUCAACCAUGGCACCUUUUUUGUUAAGCACAUGAAUGCCAUCCUAAUUCUCACCGACUUGCUUCGCGAGAUCUAUGCUAUGCCUCUGUACCAGACACGUUCGGCGAGCCAGCCCUAUCCCUUCAGCCAGGUUGUCCUUGCUGACAUGUACGCUUCGCUUGUGACCUCGCUUGGAAACCUCCAUGCUGCCUGCGUUUGGGAAGAAAUCAUGCUCGAGAAAAACAUCCCCGAGAAAUGGCUGCAGGCUAUCAAGAAUACCAAUGAAAAGCCUGGCUCAACUCCCGGGACUGGGUCUGCGCAAACUGCACCUGCACAGGCUCGUCCCAGUGCGGAUGCGCAGGCGACUGGUCCGAAUACAGCCGAAGCAGUUCAAUCCACUUCCACAGAUGAGCUCGAAAGUGAAGAGAGCAAGGCGGCGACAGAACGGAGCGCAGCUUUCAAGAACGUGCAGACCCUGCGUUAUCUUCUCAGCUCAUUGCCGACGUCGAUUACUGGCUUCUUUCACAACCUCGGGCUCGGCCUCAUCACACGCAAACGAAUGGAGAAUAGCCAUACCGCUAAGCAGAACGCCAACCUGGUGGCCGACGCAAUCGCAGACGCCGUGCUUCGUGAGCUCCAGUUUGGCCCCGCUAACUCCGGUGACAGCCCUCGACAUCGCUUUGCGUACCUCAUUGUGAUCUUGUCCUCGUUCUCUCAUCUUCUUUACGAAGUUACCAGUGAUCGCCCUGCAAACAACUAUCUUACCCUUGUUCUCCUUGCUUUCAAGCGCAACAAUGGUCUGAGAGUCUUGAAGGAGAUUUGUGAUGUAUUCAUGCGUGAGGUGAAGGCACUCGAGCCACUUCAGAAGCAGGCAGAGAAAACCGACAAGGACACAUCUGAUCGGUUAACUUCCGCCUAUGGCGGAAUCAAAAUAAUCCUGGCCUUGUUCUCGGAGCUCGCCUCUGGCAAGAGCAUCAUGGACUCCAACCAGACACAAGCGCUUUCCAGCCAUCACGACCGCGAUCGUGAACGCCAUGAUCACUUCCAAGCUGGGCAAUUCAUUGUUGAUUUGCGUAUGGAAAUUCUCCCAAUGGCCCAAGAGAUGUGGAACUCGGAGUUCGCCACCCAGUCUUCUAGCCAGAUUGUGAAGUGUCUGAUUGACAUUCUGCGGUCGUCGCUCGAUGGGGAGCACGAAGCGGGAGCCGCGCAUAAAUCUGACGUCCCCCCCGCGGUGCCGGAGGCAGUGAAGAAGCCGUUCGUCAUAAACAAGGAAAGACUCGCAAUUCUAACUGGAAAAGGGUUUGAGGACUCUGAACUGAAUCAUGAGGCCCUGUAUCGAUGCAAUAACAACGCCAAUUACGCCGAGGAGUAUUGCAAUGCGCGUAACUUCCUCCGGCCUCCGCCACGGGCUCCUCCUGCUGUUGAUGAAAUUCAGACUGGGCCGCCCGAAGUAGCCUCUGGUGGCGAUGCCAGUGAAGAUGGCGGUCUCGGGGAGGCUACUCCGCUCGAUCGCGGCAUAUUGGAGCAAGGAGGGCUGGCCAUGCUUCUCGCUCAGGCAGGUCGUGGGCUGCAUGAUAGUCCCAGCGAGGGUGAGCCUGGUGCCAUGCGUGAUGGCCUAGCUCGUGCAAUUUCAAAUGUCUUGAAUGACGAAGUUGGCAUGCUUCGCGGUGAAGACGGGCCUCUGUUCCUGACCGAAAGAGAGCGCGAGCGUCAGCGUCAGCGCCGCCGCGGCCAAGCAAGCGCCGGGUCUGCCGAGGAAACAACGCCGAGAACCGGACAAACUCAGAGAGAGACCCAGCAGGAUGAGCAUGUUCAACGGCGCCAGCUCAUCACCAUCGAGGACUUGAAUGCCGAAAGGGAAAAAGUUCGGGCCAACCUUAUUGAGCGGUCCCUGGAUAUCUUGAACGAUCAUCACGAUGUCUCUUUCGAGCUUGCCGACUUGAUAAACUCUGCAAUCAAGAACCAUGCCGAUCCUGACAGCUUCCGACGGGAUGUUGGUGAAACGUUGGUUCAGUCGCUCGUUUCUCUUCAAAUGGAAAAUUUCCAGACCGCUGGAAAAAAGGUAGCUGCUUAUGCCCACAUUCUUGCCCUGGUGCUCCAAGAUUCCAAAAUGUACGCCGCGACCUUGGAAGAACUCAAGGAUUGCUUCACGACGUUCCUCGGCUUUAUCAAACUUCCUCCAGCGGAGAAAUCAGCCCCGGAGUCAUUCCCCUGGAUUGGCCACGUCCUGCUCAUUUUGGAGAAGUUACUCUCUGAUGAUUGCCAGCCACCACAGAUCACUUGGUCUCCGCCCACCAUGGAGGAUCCGCAUGGUGGCACAAGUGGGCCUGCUCAUCUUGAGGAGCCGCUUGUCUCCCUUGAUCAGCGGACGCAGCUCUUUGAGGCGAUUGUGGAGAUGCUGCCCCGCAUUGGCAAGGAUGACAGCCUUGCGCUCUCUGUGUGUCGAAUUCUGGUCAUCUUGACCCGUCAUCGCAGCAUUGCGGUGCGCUUUGCGCCUAAGCGAAACCUCCAGCGCCUGUUCCUGAUGGUUAAGCAGCUGGCUAACGCCACUACUGAAAAGCUUCAAAGUGCCUUCAUGUUGAUUCUGAGACAUAUUGUCGAGGACGAAGCCACCAUCCGGCAUAUCAUGACUGCGGAGAUUGUUGGGAAUUUCGAGAGUAAACCUUCCCGCCAGAUUGACGCGGCAGGCUACGUGCGUCAGAUGUACCAUCUCGUCAUCAGAAACCCAGAAAUCUUUGUCGAGGUUUCCAAUGAGAAGCUGCGCCUGGUUCGCUAUGACGCCGGUCAUCGCACACAGGCUCUUGCCCUGAAGGAAGAUCGGAAUGCUCGGCAGGCUCAAGAGGCCAACACCAAGAUAGCUGAGCCACCUGCUGGCGAAGCGACGACUGGAACAGAAGACAAAGACAAGGUUACAGAGAUGAAGCCGCCGGUCGUGGAGCAUCCCGAUGGUGUCAUCCACUAUCUCCUCUCUGAGCUCCUCUCAUAUAAGGAUGUCGACGAUAAGGAGCCGCCAACUGCUGAGUCCUCUGAGACUCCCGCCCAGGAUCAAACCGAGCCUCAGACCGAUGUUGAAAUGUCCAUGGACGAGCCAACCCCAUCAGUCACUAGCAGUGCUGACGCUCCUGCCGCUCGCACCACAAAGAAGGGGGAGAAGCCAUCCUUUGACGCGGAGCAUCACCCUAUUUACAUUUACCGGUGCUUCCUUCUCCAGUGCCUGACCGAGCUGCUGGGCUCCUAUACCCGUGCCAAGGUGGAGUUCAUUAACUUCUCGCGCAAGGCCGACCCACUGGCCAGCACACCUUCGAAGCCUCGAUCCGGAAUUCUAAACUACAUGCUCAAUGCCUUGGUCCCUCUUGGCACGAUGGAGCACGACGAAUCAUUGGCUUUCAAGAAGCGCAGUAUGACCUCCAGCUGGACCAUGCAGGCCCUAGUGGCGCUUUGCACAAAGACCUACGAGACGCCUGGCUCAAGGCGCCGCAAUGAGCCGAAACCGACCGAGGAGGAUGAGUCGGAGGUGGCUUUUGUUCGGCGAUUCGUCUUGGAACACGCCUUGCGGUCCUUCAAAGAAGCAAACGCGUCAACUGAACCACUUGACGUGAAAUACUCGAAACUCAUGUCCUUGGCGGAUCUCUUUGACAAGAUGCUCAGUGGUUACUCGUUCUCACAGGAUGCCGGCUUCCCGAAUUCGGCGAGACAGAUCGCGAAGGCCAUGUUCGAGAAACAUUUCAUUCCCGCCUUGACCGCCUCUGUCGCCGAGAUAGACCUCAAUUUCCCAUCUUCAAAGCGAGUUAUUAAGUAUAUUUUGCGGCCGAUCAACAAGCUGACACAGACUGCGGUCAUGCUCAGCGACAACGGGGAAAUAACUGCAUCUACAUCAGGCGAGGAAGAUGAUGAAAUCUCUUCGGCAACCUCAGUAUCUGACAUGGAAGAUGAGCGGGAAGAAACUCCCGAUCUUUUCCGCCAUUCGACACUCGGCAUGCUUGAGCCUCGUCAUGAGGAGGAGACUACCUCAGAGGAGUCCGAGGGUGAGGACGACGAGAUGGAUUACGAUGAGUACGAUGACGAGAUGGACUACGACGAGGAGGGCCCAGAAGAUGAUGGCGAAGUAGUCAGCGAUGAAGAAGACGACGUGGAUGGUGUCGGUCCCAUUGAAGGCCUUCCUGGAGAUGCGGUCGAAGUCAUUAUCGAUGAUGAAGAUGACGAAGAUGAUGACGAAGACGACGAGGACGACGAAGAUUUGGAUGAUGACUCCGAUAUGGAGGAAGAUGACGACGACAUCUACGCCGGUGAGAUAACAGGCGAUCGUGACAACGAGAGCCUGCAUGACGGCGACGAGGAUGAAUGGGAAAGCGAGGACAUCACGGAAGACGAAGAAGAGACGGAGAUGAUGAAUCAGUUCCAGGAUGAGCUGGCUGAUAUGCGUCAAGCAAAUCGUUCCAACGACGCGCAGAGUCGCAUCGAUGAAAUCUUCCGUGCGCUCAACCAAGCCACAGGUGAGGACGAUCUUCAUGAUCAUGGUCUCGGCGGUGAUCUUCACGAUGAGAUUCUCGACGAUAUGGACGAGGAUGGUGAAGAAGAUGAGAUGGACGAGCUUGAGGAUGAAGCUGAUGACUACGACGAGUACGAUAUGGAAGGGUCUGAGGGUGACAUGGAUGAGGAGCACCACGUUAUGGACCCUUGGGGCUGGGACGGUGAAGAAAUUGCGCCAGCCCGCCAUCACCACCAUCGCAUGCGAGGUGGCCCGCCAUCUGCUUGGGCUCCCGUCACCGAAAUUAUGCCUGGCCGCCAUGGAGGUCUCGUUCCUAUCCAACCCUUCCAACGUGUCCACAGAACUCAAGCGGCCGGUCGUGGGAACGAUGAUGGAACUAAUCCGUUGCUCCUUCGAAAUGACCGUGGCACUGAUGCGAACGCACAAUUCAGAGGUCCGGGAGCUGAUAUGUUUGCCGACUGGGCCCAACUUGAAGGCGGCGGUAGUCGUUUUGUUCAGUUGGACAGCCCGAUGAGCUUUAUGAACGCUAUCAUGGCUGCCAUUGGCGGCGGCCCACAAACACCCGGGCUUGGUGUUAUCACCCGUCCUGACGGCAUUCACGUUCACGUUGACCGUCGCUCCAUUCUCCCUAAUCGCCUCAACGACCUGUUUACCAAUGCUCAGCAACAGACCUCGCAAUCUCGCCGUAAUGAUCCUUUCAACGCUGUCAAGUUCAACUUGUCCACCACCCGCCAUCGCUGGCAGGAAGAGGCGCGCAUUCUCUUUAGUGGAUCCUACCCGGAGAAGUCCAUGCGUGUCAUCAACUCCUUGCUCAAGGUCAUGGUUCCUCCCGCCAUUGAGGAAGAAAAAUUGCGUCGCAAACAUCUGGAGGAAGAGAGAAAACGUAUCGAACAGGAAAGGGCAGAGAAAGAACGCCUGGAGCAGGCCGCCCGCGAAGAAGAGGAGCGAGAGCGGGUGCGCAAGGAGGAAGAGGAAAAAGCACGUCUUCAGGCCGAGAGAGAACAGCAGGAAGCAGAGCGCGAAGUUUCUGGAAAUGUUGAGCCUAUGGAGGACAUUCAGCAGACAACUGCUACCCAAGCUGCUGCUGCCGCUACUGCUGCGCAACCUGAACCAGCUUCUACCGAACCGGCUCGACGUGUUCACACGACAAUCAGGGGUCGGCAGCUUGAUAUCACUGGGCUUGAAAUUGAUCCAGAGUAUCUCGAGGCACUGCCUGAGGAGCUUAGGGAGGAGGUCAUCAUGCAGCAACUUGCCGAGCAGCGAUCGCAAGCUGCUGCCGCUGGUGAAGAGCCGACCGAGAUAAACCAAGAGUUCCUUGAAGCUCUGCCGGCCGAGAUCCGAGAAGAAUUGCUUCAGCAAGAAGCGGCUGAUCGUCGUCGACGAGAACGUGAUACAGCUCGCCGGCAGGCGACCACCAGCGGUAAUGCUCCGCGCGCGGAAGACAUGGAUGCCGCCAGUUUCCUUGCCACGCUCGAUCCAUCUUUGCGCCAAGCUGUCCUAGCUGACCAACCAGAGGAUGUUCUUGCAAGCUUGGGCCCUGAAUACAUUUCCGAGGCCCGGGCCUUAGGUGGCCGUCGCAUCGCGCAGUUUGGCGAUAUCACAGCCACUGGAGUUGACCAUCGCCCUCGAGGUGAGGCAGCUGCAGACUUGGAAGCCAAAAAGAAUCAGAGACGUCCUGUUGUUCAGAUGCUUGAUAAGGCUGGUGUCGCCACCCUUCUCCGGCUGAUGUUCAUGCCUCUUCAAGGAAAUGCACGCCACUUGCUCAAUGACAUUCUUCACAAUGUUUGCGAGAACCGUCAGAACAGAAGCGAAGUGAUCAGCCUUAUUUUGACCGUCCUCCAAGACGGCAGUGUCGACUCUUCUGCGAUUGAGCGAAGUUUCUCACAUCUGUCUCUUCGUGCCAAGGCCCCCGGUACUCAAAAGACACCUCAGUCUGUCAAGCGCAACAUGGCAUUCCAGCCAGCUUCGAGUAUUAGCAGCGAAGUCACCCCGAUCAUGGUGGUCCAGCAAUGUCUGUCCACUCUAUCGUUCCUCUCCCAGUUCAACCCUCACAUCCCCUGGUUCUUCUUGACCGAGCAUGAUUCUGCAUCUUCUCUCAAGCUAAAGGGUCUGCGCAAGGGUAAGGGCAAGGAGAAUCGAGCUAAUAAAUUUGCCCUCAAUGCUUUGCUGUCCCUGCUUGACCGCAAGUUGAUCAUGGACAGUCCUAAUUGUAUGGAACAAUUGUCCAACUUGCUCGGCACGAUUACACAGCCACUCACAGUCCUCCUUCGCCGCGAAAAGGAGAAGCACGAGGACCAAGACAAGGGGAAGAAACCCGAGGGUGCGCCGGUCACUGAGGAGACAGCUGCCCAGCCAAGUACUGAAUCUGGCACUGACACUACCAUGACCGACGCUCCUCUUCCAACCGUGGAGAAUGCCGAGGAUCAGGGUACCACUGCGGACGUGGAGGCAACCAAGGACGAAAGCAAGACUGAAGGAGAGCAACCGAGUGACGAAAAGCGCAAACGUCGUUCGAUCGAACCCCCUGUGGUGCCUGAUCACAACUUCCGUCUGGUUGUGCACAUUCUCGCGGCUCGGGAGUGCAAUGGCAAAACUUUCCGUGAUACAUUGUCCACAAUCAACAACCUCUCGGUUAUUCCAGGAGCUCGUGAUGUGAUUGGCGAAGAGCUUGUUGCUCAAGCACAGACGCUGAGCGAUACAAUCCUAGCGGACCUCGGUGAACUGCUCACCCAUAUCCAUCAGGCCAAGACUGGCACUGAUAUGCAGGGUCUUGCCCUAGCUAAGUUCUCGCCAGCCAGCUCUGAUCAAGCGAAAUUGCUCCGUGUUCUCACAGCACUCGACUAUCUCUUCGACCCUUCUCGAGCCGACAGGUCCAAAGUUCCUGAACCUGAAUCAGCACCCAAGGAGGAUGUACUCAAGAGACUUUACGAAAGUGCUACUUUCGGCCCUCUGUGGACAAAGCUGAGCGACUGUCUAACAGUCAUUCGCCAGAAGGAGAACAUGCUGAACGUGGCUACCAUCCUUCUUCCGCUGAUUGAAGCGCUGAUGGUUGUCUGCAAGAACACGACAUUGAAGGAUCAACCACUAUCUCGCGGCAGCCGUGAGCUGUCUGUCCACAGUGCUUCCGCAGAGGGCGGAUUAAGCAUGGAAAACCUCUUCUUCAAGUUCACUGAGGAGCACCGCAAGAUCCUCAACGAGCUCGUCCGUCAGAACCCUCGACUGAUGAGCGGCACUUUCUCGCUGCUGGUGAAGAACCCGAAGGUGCUCGAGUUCGACAACAAGCGCAACUACUUCACCCGUCGCGUUCACGCCCGUGGUGCUGAGCCCCGCCACUCUCAUGCCCCACUUCAGCUGUCUGUCCGCCGAGACCAAGUCUUCCUUGACUCCUUCAAGUCUUUAUACUUCAAGUCGGCAGAUGAGCUCAAGUAUGGCAAGCUGAACGUCCGCUUCCAUGGCGAAGAGGGCGUGGACGCCGGUGGUGUGACCCGUGAGUGGUUCCAAGUGUUGGCUCGUGGCAUGUUCAACCCCAACUAUGCGCUCUUCAUCCCUGUUGCUGCCGACCGCACAACCUUCCACCCCAACCGUCUCAGUGGAGUCAAUUCUGAGCAUUUGAUGUUCUUCAAGUUCAUUGGACGGAUUAUUGGUAAAGCUCUGUAUGAGGGCCGCGUCCUUGACUGCCACUUCUCUCGUGCCGUGUACAAGUGUAUCCUUGGCCGCACUGUUUCUAUUAAGGAUAUGGAGACGCUGGAUCUUGACUACUACAAGUCUCUUCUUUGGAUGUUGGAAAAUGAUAUAACCGACAUCAUUACCGAAACCUUUGCUAUCGAGACGGAUGCGUUUGGUGAGAAGCAGGUCAUUGACUUGAUUCCAGACGGCCGAAACAUUCCGGUUACCCAGGAGAACAAGGAAGAAUACAUUCAGCGUGUGGUGGAGUACAGGCUAGUUGUGUCCGUUCGGGAGCAGCUGGACAAUUUCUUGAAGGGCUUCCACGAGAUCAUUCCUCCCGAUUUGAUCUCGAUCUUCAAUGAGCAAGAGCUGGAGCUCCUCAUCUCUGGUCUGCCAGAAAUUGACGUGGACGAGUGGAAGAACAACACGGAGUACCACAACUACUCGGCCUCCUCGCCGCAAAUCCAGUGGUUCUGGCGUGCUGUGCGUUCCUUUGACAAGGAAGAGCGUGCCAAACUGCUUCAAUUUGUCACUGGCACGUCCAAGGUCCCCCUCAACGGCUUCAAGGAGCUUGAGGGUAUGAAUGGUGUGAGCAAAUUCAACAUUCAUCGCGACUAUGGCAAUAAGGAUCGCCUUCCCAGCGCGCACACGUGCUUCAACCAGCUUGAUCUUCCUGAGUACGAAAGCUAUGAAGAUCUCCGCCAGCGCCUUUACACCGCGAUGACAGCUGGUAGCGAGUAUUUCGGGUUCGCAUAA